UUGAAUAUAGAGACAAAGUGCAACGCUCAAAGCAAUUGGACAUGAUUCCUUUCUAAAGCUAUCCUUUUAAAUCCAACAUUGAUCAUCAUCAUCUUCUUCCCCAAUUAGAUUCUCACAACUUCGAACACAUGAACGAACAAACCCCGAAAAUCGUCGUCGUCUCCCACGACGGGCUCGAAUUUUGGCAAUUCAUGAUCGCCGGAUCGAUCGCCGGUUCCGUGGAGCACAUGGCCAUGUUCCCGGUGGACACUCUCAAAACUCGGAUGCAAGCCAUCGCUAGUUCGUCGUACAAAAACAAAACCCCUUCCUCAUCGCCACAAUUAACUCUUAGGCAAUCCAUCGGCGGGCUAUACCGCGGCAUUGCGGCCAUGGGAUUGGGCGCGGGUCCCGCGCACGCCGUGUACUUCGCAGUGUACGAAACUUGCAAGAAGUUUUUGUCAUCGGAAAAUUCGAACAACCCGUUGGCCCAUGCGGCUUCGGGGGUGUUUGCAACUGUCACCAGCGACGCAGUCUUGACACCGAUGGAUGUCGUGAAGCAAAGAUUGCAGUUGAAAGACAGUCCGUAUAAAGGGGUCGGGGAUUGCGUGAGAAGGGUGAUCGUCGAAGAAGGGUUUGGGGCAUUGUAUGCGAGUUAUAGGACAACCGUCGUGAUGAAUGCCCCUUUUACGGCGGUUCACUUUGCCACCUAUGAGGCCGCAAAACGGGGAAUGAUCGGAGAAGAGGAAGAAGAGGAGACGCUGUUGCUUCAUGCAACGGCCGGGGCGGCUGCCGGGGCCUUGGCUGCCGCGAUAACCACUCCACUUGAUGUUGUGAAGACACAACUGCAAUGUCAGAUACAUGGGUUGUGUGGUGUGGUGCAGGGAGUGUGCGGGUGUGAUCGAUUAUCGAGCAGUUCAAUCCGAAGUGUAAUUCAAACAAUAAAGAACAAAGAGGGGUACGGAGGGCUUAUGCGGGGGUGGGUCCCACGAAUGCUAUUCCAUGCCCCCGCAGCCGCCAUCUGUUGGUCCACCUACGAGGCCGGCAAGACAUUUUUCCAACGCCUCAAUGGAACUACCCACAAUUCACAAGAAUAAUUUAUAUGUAUAUAUAUAUGUCACUCUUAAUUUUUUAUGGAGUUAUUAUAACAAUAAAACAAAUGAAUGUAUAAUUAUAUAUAUUUUUAAAUUAAAAAAUAAGGGUAAUUAUAUUUGUAAUGUUGUAUGCAGCACUUAUAAUUAUUUUCUUCAUUUAAAUAAAA